CGAGCAUUGGCACGUCCAGGAGGCCAUUAGCCUUGAUUAAAGCGGGCCCAUGGUGUCAAACCCGAUAUAAAUGUUGCCAUUAUCAGUGGAUGGAUUCCGACAAUGCCAAUUAUUAAAAGACCAAGCUCUCUCGACCCCUGUAGCUCUUCGUAAAUCCCCCGCCUGCUAACAGCGUCCUCCCCCUGCGGGUCUCUCUACAGUAUCACCACAUAAUUCAAGAUGGCUCCCCACGGUCGACCCCCGCCGGCAUAUACUGCUCCUAAAGACUCAACCGUCCACGGCACCACCCCCAUCUACAGAUCCAUCUCGAAGACAGCUUCAGAUGCCUCGCAACGUGUUCUGGAGACAUCUUUCACUGUCCGUCCGUGUUCCGGACAGGCAUGGGUCGUGCCAGCCGGCCAUAUCUGCCGUCUCACCACUCCCAAAGGCCCGCAGGUUGGGGACCUGAACAUCUGGAAUGCGCAGAACCCGCGCGAGCGACUCUGGGCUGCUCGCACGCGUCAGAUCCAUGCGUCUCAUGUAUCCGUCGGGGACCGUCUCUGGUCCAACCUGCCCUACCUGCGACCUCUUGUAACGAUAACGGGCGAUUCGCUGGCUGGUGGUCAACUGCAUGAGCUGGUUGAUGAGGACGGUGUGCGUAAGGCAACCUUCGGGACCACCCAGUUUGGAGGACGGUGCCAUGACCUCUUAGGAACACGCUGUGACCCUUAUGUCAAUCUGCUUAUGGGCGGAGAGUCGUUCGAUUACCACUGUCAUUCCAACCUGACUCGUGCGGUGGUGCCCCAUGGGCUUACCGAGCUCGACGUGCACGAUGUUCUCAACGUCUUCCAGGUCACCGGACUCGAUGAGGAGGGGAAGUACUUCAUGGAGACCUCCCCCGCCAGACCGGGCGAGUACUUUGAAUUCUUUGCCGAGGUUGAUGUUCUCUGCGCACUUUCGGCCUGUCCCGGUGGGGACCUUUCUAACUGGGGGUGGGAAGGAAAAGAAGACAUGGGAGCUACGACUCGGCCUCUUGGUGUAGAAGUGUAUAAGUUGACGGACCCCAAGGCUCUGGAGGGGUGGAAGCAGCCAGAAAGCCCUCGGUAUACUGGCAUGCAUGGCUUGAGAAUGCCGGAGCGAGAACAAGAUGACUCUGGCUAUGUUGGGCUGUAAAUAAGCUUUCCUCCUGAAAUGAAUAUCAAGAACAUGCGUUGUCAUCUGCUUUAAUUGGAGGCGUGGUGGCUGGACUAAAAGAACACGGCCGCGGG